AUGGGCGCCUAUCUCUAUGGGCGCCUAUCUCUAGGGGCGGCUAUCUCUAUGGGCGUGUAUCUCAAGGGGCGCCUAUCUCUAGGGGUGCCUAUCUCUAUGGGCGCCUAUCUCUAUGGGCGCCUCUCUUUAGGGGCGCCAAUCUCUAGAGGCGCCUAUCUCUAUGGGGCGGCUAUCUCUAGGGGCACCUAUCUCUAUGGGUGCCUAUCUCUAGGGGCGCCUAUCUCUAUGGGCGGCUAUCUCUUUGGGCGCCUAUCUCUAUGGGCGCCUAUCUCUAGGGGCGCCAAUCUCUUGGGGCGCCUAUCUCUAUGGGCGCCUAUCUCUAUGGGCGCCUAUCUCUAUGGGCGCCUAUCUCUAGGGGUGCCUAUCUCUAUGGGGCGCCUAUCUCUGUGGGCGCUUAUCUCUAUGGGUGCCUAUCUCUGGGGGCGCCUAUCUCUAUGGGCGCCUAUCUCUAUGGGCGCCUAUCUCUAG